UGCAAACAGUUGCGUUCUAAAAUUUAAACAGUGCAGAUCGUAGUGAGAGCGAUCGCGAGCGAACAGACUGCGUGCCUUUUUCUUAACGAUCGACGGGGAUUUGUGUUAAAACGCACAGACAAUAACGUCCAGUCGCCUACACGCAAAUUUUUCCACCAACAACUAACUAUCAACCACAACUACAAUAGCGUAAUGGCUGCGCAACAGCUGUGGGGCGGCCGUUUCGGUGAUGCUGAGGGUAAAACCAGUGAAUGCUUGGCCAAAUUGAAUUGCAGUCUGCCGCUCGAUUCCCGCUUCUACUCCGAAGAUAUCGACGGUAGCAUAGCCUACGCCGAAGCGCUGGCAAGAUCACGCCUAAUUACUGAUAAAGAGGCAGCCAACAUUGGCGCCGCUUUGGAAGUAGUACGUCGCGAAUGGAAAGAUGGUAGCAUCAAAUUUCUACCCAGCGAUGAGGAUGUACACACAGUGAAUGAACGUCGACUCACCGAGCUAAUCGGUGAUGUGGGCAAACGUUUGCAUACUGGUCGCAGUCGCAAUGAUCAAGUGAUCACCGAUAUGAAAUUGUGGUUGCGCCGCGGCAUACGAGAAACGUUGCAUGGUUUGCGUGCGGUGAUCGAGGCUGCAGUGCAGCAGGCGCAAAAGAAUUUGGGUGCACUCAUGCCGGGCUAUACGCACUUGCAGCGCGCUCAGCCGGUGCAAUUCUCACAUUGGAUGCUCUCGCAUGCCUUCGCACUGCACGCGGACUGUCAGCGCUUGUUGGAGUUGAAAGAGCGCGCUAAUUUGUUGCCCUUGGGUAGCGGCGCCUUGGCUGGCAAUCCGUUGGGUGUUGAUCGCGAGUGGCUGGCUAAGCGUUUGAAUUUUGCCGGCGUGACGCCGAACAGCAUGCACGCGGUCGGUGAUCGUGAUUUUGUGGGUAAGUGA